AAUCGGUUUUAACUGAUUUAAAUCCAUUUACAAUACUUAUUUGCGUUAAGAUUAACAACUAAAAUUGUGAAUAUAAAUGUUAUUUUUUAUUUUUAUAUAAGUUUUUGCAUCGACUUUGUCACCAGAACUGUUUAGGUGCUGUGACCAAGAUCCUCCUCCACCCGUCCCGGAGUUUUAAUUUCCUCGUCUGAUCAUCCAGAGAACUUUCUUGUUAACGUGGAUUGCGGAUAUUCGGUGUUAGAGGAUGAAGGAGGCAGUGACUGUAAUCCUGUUAAACUCUACAGCCAUCCUUUAAGUUAGCAGUGCAGGAUGGACUACGACUCGGACGAAAAUGACAACUGUGAGUCUGGAGUUGUGGACUUGGGAGAGAAGGGAGGUCUUUCGUCAUGUGGGUAUUGCGGGAAACUUCGUAACCUGAACAUAGUGGAGUUGAUGUGUUGGCAGUGUGGUUCAUGGUUUCAUGAAUCCUGCAUUAGUUACCAGCUGGGAAAGUUGGUUCCCUUCAUGUUGAGCUACUCCUUCACAUGCAAGAAUUGUUCUCCCAACGGUGUUGAAAUAUUUCGAAAGACACAAGCUCAGCUUCGAGAUAUGUGCAUCACAGCGCUAGCCAACCUUCAAUACAACGCCAAAGAAAAAGAUGGACGAUUGAUGUUCAGUCUUCAGCGUGACAUCAUUCCUUUUCUUGAACAACACUGGGACGCCCUUACAACCUCAGCACGUCGAACCACCCAGUCAUGGCAUGCAACUUUACAGAGAAUGUUGAUGAAAGAGGUUGAUACCUACUUCACCGUAGAAGAAACUGGUGAGAGCGGCGAGCCAGGUCCUCAUCAUCCAUUUUUCGGUUUGCUGACAACUGACUUGACACUCAUCCGACCGGUUGUUGAUGCUCCUGGUGGGUUACGAUCUCCAUUCUCCAGCUCCACUCAACAGCAACCUUCAGGUAAAGGUCGAGGAGCGAAGAGGAAGAUGCCAGAUACGACAGCCAGCAGCAAGAAGGCCAGAGGGGACAUGCCAGCUCCUAAGUUACAUGGAUAUCCUGUUGAUCAUCCGUUCAAUAAGGAUGGUUAUCGAUACAUUUUAGCUGAACCAGAUCCUCAUGCACCCUUCAGGCAAGAGUUUGAUCAAAGUAACGACUGGGCCGGUAAACCAAUUCCAGGCUGGCUUUAUAGGGCCCUUUGCCCUGGAGCUGUGCUUCUUGCACUUCAUGACAGGGCACCUCAGCUGCGCACAGCCGAUGAUCGUCUGGCUGUCACAGGAGAUAAAGGAUAUUGUCUAAUUCGAGCUACACAUGGGGUAAGUUACGGUACCUGGUAUUUUGAAUGUACGAUCGAUGAGCAGCCAGAAGGAUCCCACACACGGCUCGGGUGGUGCCAACAGUUAGCCAAUCUCCAAGCACCUUUAGGUUAUGAUAAAUUUGGAUACUCUUGGAGGUCAAGGAAAGGUACUGUUUUUCAUGAAUCGAGAGGAAAACACUAUGCAGAUUGCGGCUUUUCAGAGGGUGAUAUCCUAGGAGUUAUGAUUAGUCUUCCGGAUAAGAAUCCUGUUUCUCGAUUUCCACCUACUUAUAAAGACAAGCCUCUUGUAAAGUUUCGCUCUCAUUUGUACUAUGAAGACAAAGAUGACUUAGCGGAGUCUGUUAAAAAGCUGAAGCCACUCCCUGGUGCAAAGAUUGUUUUCUUCAAAAAUGGUAAAUGCUACGGGGAGGCUUUCCGAGACAUAUAUGGUGGUACAUACUACCCAGCUGUAUCAUUAUAUAAGAACAUAACUGUUUCUGUAAACUUUGGACCUGAAUUCAAGCAUCCCCCCACUACUCAUGAAUUCAGAGGGAUGAAUGAACGGUGUGAAGAGUUUAUGGUAGAGCAGACUUUAGCUGAUAUGACUUACUUGGUGGAAAAUGAGGGAAAACUAAGAUUAGAUCUAAUAACUUAGGGUAGUAAUGUUGUCUAUAGAGUAUUUUGUAGAUUUGGAUAUGUGUUUUAACUUAAGGAAAGGAAUCUUUGUAGUUUAGUGAAAUAAGUCAAAUAUAUUGUACAUAAAUCACUGAAGCCGUUCUUUUACUUUUGUAUGUUUAAUAAAAGUAGUAAUGUAUUACAUAUCAUAAUUGUCUUUGCUUUAAGGGGGCUGAAUGCCAAGUUUACAGAAUUCAGUGUAUCUUAACAUUUUUUCAAGUUUUGGUAAAAAGCUUUGUAUGUGUAUGUUUUAUUAAUUAUAACAAAAUUAAGGUAAGAUGUCAUAGAAACAUUCCUGUAGUUUAAUAAUAAUGAAAAAAAUUUUCCUCAUGUUUGUUAACAGUAUGAUUUUAUUGGAAUAGAAAAAUAAGACUUAGGUAUUAGCCCUCAUCAAAGAUUUUGCAAGGGUAUGUUUUAUUAAAAUGAGAAAAGGAAAGAAUAACGUACCUACAUUCCAGUUUCCCUUGGAACUUCUGAUGAUGUAGUGUGGUGUGCUCUCACUCACUCACACACCACCCUAAGGGAUAUUCAUUCAAGUGAGGCACCAGCUCCCUCACGUAGCCAGCCUUUGCAAAAUAACCAGUGCUUCAUGUUCAUCAUGGGAUUCUACUGCUUAUUUUUUUAUUUUGUUUUGAUUUUUUGAGUGUUUUUAUUAUUUCCAAAUAGAUUACAUUUUUGUGUCUUUUUAGAAAAGGAGUUGAGGGCACCAUUGUAACAGGUUCAAGGUUUGAUUUAGAUCUUCUUUUUGGCCAUGUCAUUAAAGCAGCAAUACGGUUUCACACACUUUAAAAUUCCAUCCCCAAAAACCUAGAGAGCGAUGGUGGACGACUCAUGGACGCAUUUUAGUUUGCCUUAGGAGUUUUUAGAAAACUUGAUUUCAAGAAAAAUGGCAUUCAGCCCCCUUAAAUCAACUUGGCUCUGAAUUACUGUUGUAUACAGUUAUUGAUAGUUUAUACAGUUAUAAUGAUUCCACAACAGAUAUUAAGGUAUCUUAAGUACAUCAUAAAUGUUUUACAUCACUGCAGUCAUUGUACUUUUAAGUAUGGUAUAUGACAAAUAUUGCACAGAAGGUCUCCUAUUAAGAGCUUGCUCUGUUGCAUUUAGUACAAAUUCUCUUCAGAUCUAUUGUGUCUAUUUAUAAUAAAGUUUUAAAAUGUAAU